CCCUCCCCUCCCAUCCCCGCGUUCCCAUCCCGUCGAAACCCUAAGCGGCUGCGGCGGCGCCCGUUCCGUUCCCCAUGGAGGACUUCGCGCGCGCGGUGGAGGACGGGCUCAAGCUGUCGAAGCGGCUCGUGCUGCCGGGCGGGAUGCCCCCGCCGCGGCCGCCCGCGGGGAUGGAGCGCGGGCCCGACGCGGCCGCCGCGCUGCUGCUCCCCGCCGCGCCGAUGGCCUACGCGGUCGUCUCCGACCCCGCCGCCGUCGACACCCCCGACGUGCCCAGCUACCAGCCCUACGUCUACGGCCGCCUCGACCCGCCCGCGCUCAUCCCGCUGCAGAUGAAGGAGAUCGACCUGGCCGUCGACUGCUCGCUCGACACGGCCGCCGUCACCCUGCGCGCGCGCUGGUGGCUGCACUGCAUCACGCGCAGCCGCGAGUGCGACGUCAGGCUCGUUGUGCCCAUGGGAGAACAGGGUUCAAUUCUAGGCGCUGAGGUCACUGUCGGAAGAAUGUCAUACAAUACUCAAGUGACCGAAGUAGAAGACCAAACCAUGGAGAAUACUAUGAAAGGCAUUUUGAAACCCCAUAUGUUUUGCUUGACAAUACCACAGGUGGAAGGUGGAGCGGAUAUUGUAGCCACAGUUAGAUGGUCUCAGAAGUUACACUAUGAUAAUGGACGAUUCUCGGUCGACAUACCUUUCCGUUUUCCAUACUAUGUCAACCCAUUACCAAAAGUAUUCAUGAAGAGGGAGAAAAUUCAGUUGACUGUGAAUAGUGGAUUCAGUAAAGAGGUUUUGUUGCAGGGCACAAGCCAUUCGUUGAAGGAAAAGGCAAGGCAGGGUGAUAAAUUGUCUUUCCUGCAUGAAGCAAUUGUUGAGAGUUGGUCAAGCAAAGAUUUCACAUUUUCCUACAGUGUGUACUCUGGUGACUUGUCAGGUUGUAUCCUUCUGCAGCCUUCAACAUCACAGGAUUAUGACGAUAGAGAUACGUUCAGCAUUUUCAUUUUACCUGGAAGUGGGAAUAGAAAGGUCUUCAAGAAAGCAGUCGUAUUUGUUGUUGAUACAAGUGGAAGCAUGAAAGGGAAACCUCUUGAGAAUGUGAAGAAUGCAGUGUCUACAGCUCUUUCUGAACUUGUGCAAGGAGAUUACUUCAACAUUAUAACAUUUAAUGAGGAGCUCCAUUCAUUCUCAGCAUGUUUAGAGAAAGUAAAUGAGAAAGCAAUAGCAAAUGCAAAUGAUUGGAUGAAUGCCAACUUUGUUGCUGAGGGUGGCACGGAUAUUAUGCAUCCUUUAAAUGAGGCGAUGGCGUUAUUGUCAAGUGCCCAUGACGCGGUCCCACAAAUUUUUCUUAUGACUGAUGGAUCGGUUGAUGAUGAACAUGACAUCUGCCAAACUGUGAAAAAUGAGCUCCUCAGCAGAGGAUCUAAAUCUCCUCGGAUUUCCACUUUUGGACUAGGUUUAUAUUGCAACCAUUAUUUCUUGCGCAUGGUGGCAUCAAUCGGCAAGGGGCAUUUUGAUGCUGCACUAGAGACAGGAUCAAUUGAGAGUCGAAUACUUAAGUGGUUCAGGAAAGCAUCAAAUACAAUAGUGGCAAACAUCUCAAUUGAUGCUACAAAACAGCUCGAUGAUUUUGAAGUGGAUUCUGAAUGUAUUCCAGACAUUUCAGCACAGUGUCCUUUAUGUGUAUCUGGAAAAUACCAAGGCAAGUUCCCUGAGACAGUUGUGGCAACGGGUUACUUGGCUGACAUGACAGAGAUCUCGAUUGAACUGAAGGUCCAGCAUAUAAAGGACAUGCCUCUUGAUAACGUUUUCGCACCACAGCAGAUCGCUCUUCUCACAGCAAAGGCAUGGCUUUCUGCAGACAAACAACUGGAGAGAAAGGUGAUAAAAUUAAGCAUAGAGAAUAGUGUUCUUUCAGAGUACACAAGCAUGGUUGUACUUCAAACCAAUUUGGACGCAGCACAAAAACAGGUCAAGCAGAAACCGAAAGGACACAAAGGUGCCAAUGAGCCAUUACGAUUCCAGCUUCAUGGUCUAAAACUUGGAUUCGGUGACAAAGCAGCCACCAAGGAAAACCUCCUCACAGGUUUUGGCGAGGAGAAACCACUGGAGACGUUGAAGAUAUUCAAGAAGGCUGGAGGGUGCUGCAGCCGCGUUGCGGACUGCCUCUGCUGCAUGUGCUGCAUCAAGGCGUGCAACAGGAUGAACGACCAGUGCGCCAUCAUGAUGGCGCAGGUCUGCGCCGCGCUCUCGUGCCUUGGCUGCUACGAGUGCUGUGCCGAGGUGUGCUGUGGAGGGUCUGAAUCGUAGUGAGAGCCCCGGGUGUGUACAUACUACUAGAGUGGGCGGAAGCCUGUGGGUGUCAUACUGUGUAGCUUGAAUGCUUGAUCAAAGAAUGAUCAGGCGUCUUUGGUUGUACAACUUGUCCAUCAUGAUACAACUUUGGAUAGUUAGUGUAAGUUUGGACUAGCCCAAAUGUUCGGAUGCGCUUUUAUGUUGUACAAAAAGGAGAGAGCAGAUGGUAGAGACUUCUUUUUAAAGUA